UCAACUCUUUACGCGAUCAUCCUAUCUAUACCACUGAAAAUUCGACCGAUCCUGACGUUCAGAUUGCUUGUGUUCUUUGGCGGUUUGCAAGCACCCACUAUGGCUAUCGAAUGUUCAGAAAUCAGAUGGGAUAUUCUCAAGGAUUGUAUAAUAAUUUUACUGUGCGGUUCCUGACAGCGAUGAUGGAUGUUCAUUCUGAUAAGAUCAAGUGGCCACAAGGUGAAUCUGAAGUGAAUGCAGUAGUAAGGGGUUUCCUUGGUGUCGACAAUCCACGCAUCAGUGCUGGACAACGUCUUCCUGGUGUCAUUGGUUCAAUGGAUGGCAAGUUAGUCAACAUUAACAAACCUGCUCGUAGUGGUGAAAGUUAUCGUGACAGAAAAAACAAUUUCUCGAUGAGCUUGAUGGCAGUAUGUGAUCACGAACAACGCUUUACGAUGAUGCAAGUAAAAGAGAAAUGGGUUGGUCUUUAUGCUGGUCAUGUGCCUCAUCUGGGUAGCAGAACGACAAAUCGGAUCGAAGGUGCACAUGCAAAAUUGAAGCAACUUGUGACACACACGAAUGCCAGCAUGGAAAUAGUGUUUGAAAGUAUUGACAGAUGGUAUUUGGGAAUGAACCAAGCUUCAAGGUAUUACGACCAAUACGAUCUUCAGCUGAAUAUUGGAAAAAACAGACGGCACAGGCCACGGCGAAAAUGCGACAAUGUGGCAUGUCUACUACAGUAAUAGUUAGUAAUCAAAUAUUUUUUUUAUCCCAAAUUAUUUUAUUUUGCUUCUUUUCUUCAUGAUCUUAUUCAAUAUUUUAUCCUCGAUUAUUUUUGUCUAUAUAUAUCUUUUGUCACCUCUCUUCUUCGAAUAUUAAAUUCAAUUAUCCUUUUUCUUUACCAUUAUCACCUUAUUCCAUAAUCAAAGCUUUAUUCUUAUAACUAUCAACAACAUAUUAUAUUUUUUCUUAUUUCCGCUAGAUAAGUCUAGUAAGUAUUUUUUUUUUUGUUAUGAUUUUGUUACUUUGGACCAUCAACACAUCUUUAGAAAUAGAACCCGGCCUUUAAAAAUUUUUUAUGGCCAACUUAUUUUUUUAAAUUUAUCAAACAUUGAAUCUUUUUUUCAUUGUUUGAAAAAUAUCAAACAAAUUUAUUUUUUAUUUCUAUUUUUAUUUAUCUUUUAGUAUAUAUAUAUAUAUAACCCCCUCUCUUUUCAUCAUUUCUUUUUGAAUCGUC